AUGGCCUAUGACCGCUACAUUGCCAUCUGCAGACCCCUGCACUAUGGGACCCUCAUGGGCAGCAGAGCUUGUGUCAGAAUGGCAGCAGCUGCCUGGGGCACUGGUUUUCUCUAUGCUCUCCUACACACUGCUAAUACAUUUUCAAUACCACUCUGCCAAGGCAACACAGUGGAACAGUUCUUCUGUGAAGUUCCCCAAAUCCUCAAGCUCUCCUGCUCAGAUUCCUACCUCAGGGAAGCUGGGCUUCUUCUGGUUAGUGCCUGCUUAUUCUUUGGGUGUUUCGUUUUCAUUGUGGUGUCCUACGUGCAGAUCUUCACUGCUGUGCUGAGGAUCCCCUCUGAGCAGGGCCGCCACAAAGCCUUUUCCAUGUGCCUCCCGCACCUGGCCGUGGUCUCCCUGUUCAUCAGCACUGCCCUGUUUGCCUACCUGAAGCCCCCCUCCCUCUCCUCCCCAGCUCUGGAUCUGGUGGUGGCUGUUCUGUACUCGGUGGUGCCUCCAGCAGUGAACCCCCUCAUCUACAGCAUGAGGAACAAGGAGCUCAAGGAGGCACUGAGGAAAAUGAUUCAACUGGUAGUAUUUCAGCAGCAAUAA